AUGGCAGGAUGGGUUCAGUGCUUUCCAGAUUAUCACUUUAGACACUUGCCGAGAAUUGCAUCGGACCAUUGUCCAUUACUAGUGAGUACGGAGACAUUUACUCCUGCUCGCCCCCCUUUUAGAUUUGAGAAGCUCUGGUUUUGCUACCCACGGUCUGGGGAGAUGGUUAGGGAGGCGUGGAGUAUGCCCGUCAGGGGAGAUGCCAUGUACCGUGUAUCCCGGAGGUUAGAGUUGACUUCUAGACGGUUGAGGAGGUGGAACCGUGAGGAGGUGGGAAAUAUUCUCAGAAGGAUUGAGGGUUUGGAGGAGGUUAUUUCUAGUUUACAGUCUCAGGAGGUGCAGAGUGGAGGCUUAUCGGAGGGAGAAUUGGAGGAGCUCAGGUCACACUUGGCUCUACAUGAUUCGCUCCUUAGACAGCAGGAGAUUUUUUGGAGACAGAAGUCGAGGGUUCAGUGGAUUCAGGAAGGUGAUCGGAACACCAGAUUCUUUCAUCAGGCUACAGUGAUUAGGAGGCAUCAGAAUAGGAUCAGAGCUAUUAGGGGUGAGGAUGGGCAGUUGACGGAGGACCCGGAUACGAUUCAGAGGAUUGUGGAGAGCUUCUUCAGAGCUAGAUGGACAGAGCAGACAAGGGAUGGGAGCCUAGUGGAGAUUCCGAUGCCUCAGAUCCGGGUGUCGGAGGAGGAGACUGUAGCACUGAUCAGGCCGGUGUCAGAGGGGGAGAUUAGGGAGACAGUUUGGUCUCUUGAAGGGGAUAAGGCACCGGGGCCGGAUGGUUUUCCUCCGGUGUUUUUCAGGAGGUACUAG